AUGGCGGUGGAACCCGGGCGCCCGUGGGCCCAGGCUCGCAGUGUGUACGGCGCGAGCGAGGCGCUGCGACGGGCCGCUGGCCGCCGACGGGACAACGGGCCGCAGCCCAACGGGCCAGGCCCUGAAGAAGCCCGCGCCCCGGGCCGCCUGGCUCGCCUGCGGGGCCAGAUCCGGGCCGAGGCAGCGGCGCGGGCUGACGCACCCCGGCUGCUGCGGCUGGUGGAGCGGGCAGGGGCUGCGGCCGGGGAGGCGCGGGCGCCGGGGGCCGGGGAGCGAGCGGACGCGCGCAGCAGCGGCUCGGUGUGCUCUGUGUGCGGGGAGCCGCGCGGCGGGGCCACCUACCCGGCGGGCGUCCUGGAGGUGAGCGAGCGGCGGCUUCAGGAGGGCCUGGCGGCAGUGCGCGCGGAGCUGGGCGCGGGGCUCGAGGCGCUGCGCGCGGAGCUGCGUGCCGAGCUGGACGCCCUGCGCGCACUGCUGCCGCCCCCGCCGCGGUCCGCCCGUCGGGAGCCCCGCGCAGUCCCCCGCGCGGCGCCCCGCGGCCCGACCCUGCUGCGAGCGCUGGGCACCAUGAACGCCCUGGCCACGGUCGCGAGGCACGCCGACGACGUACCGGACGGCCCUGCAGACGGCAGCGCGAACCGGGCCCUGGACCGGAAGAACUUCAAGAAGACGCCGCUGCCGCCAGGGGCUCCGCAGGGCGGUGGGGAUUGAGGGCUGCCCUGCCGAGGGUAGCCGCGACCAGGUGCGGGAAGCGCCCUCCUCCUAUCUAUUUAUAUGGACAGAUACACCACCCUUGUAGAUGGAGAAGGGUCCUCAGAAGCCGCCUGCUAGCGCUCCAGCAUUAGGGUGUGGGUGGCGGGACGCGCCAAAGCUGAGGACUGUCGGGGGUCACGUCUGGGGAGUGCGGAGAGCCUCCGCGCAGCCAGUGAUCUUCGCUGGAGACUGAGUCGGGAGGGGUGGAUAUCUUUCUGGCCUUAGAGCUGCAGAAGGGUCUGGGCCAGGGAUGUGGCAGCCUCCCAGAGAGCCUCCGGGAGAGCCCAAGGGUCUUUCUCAGGGGAGGGUGUUACAGGUUUUUGUUUGUAUUUGUUUUGUAUUAAGGGUCUUGGGCUGGAGGCUGGGCACACACUACUACUGAGUGACCCACACACUACUCAAUAGAUGUUAGGGACAUGUGGGCUGCUGGGACAUUGUUACCUGGAUACAGACUCACCCAGGGCAAUGCCGCCUGGAUAUACAACCGCAGUCUGCAGGGCAUCAACUGGACCACAGCUAGUCCCUGGCCAGCUUCAUUCUGCUGACAGACCCAAACUCUUACUGGACAACAUUGCCUGGGCACAGUAGCAUCUAGUCAAUGUUCUUGGGACUCUUAGCUUCGUUAUGGACAGUGACACCAAGGGCACUUAACCUUUCACUUAGCCUCACCACAGGCAGACACCUGGACACCACUGUCUCUCCAGAAAGUGUCACCCUACACUCAGGUCCCAUAGCCUAACUUCCCAGUGUCACCGGGGAGUGCUUUCACCUUGCACAGAGAGCCCUUCACUAGCUGUCCUUGUCACCAGGACCCACCCCACCUAGCACAGCCUGCAGCAGAGCCUGGAACUGGUAGCUUCUCACCUCCUGGCUUCGGAAACGUCAGUUGAAGUCAUCAUUUAAUAGCGCACAGUGUCCUGGGGUCAGCCAGCUUGUUUGUUUGUUUUU